AUGCUCGGCCGGUGGACAAGAUCAAAUUUGCAUGAAGAAUACACAAUUAAGCAUCUUAUAAAAUUAUUUCCGGAACGUGGUGUAAGCUUUUGUAAUGUUUUUUUUCGUCGCAUUGUUUUUGAGCUAAUGAUUCGCAGCCAUGCGAGUGUUCUUGCACACGCGAAAUUCAUACAGUUCAUUACAGCCCUUGUAGACCUUUUCCACAAACCCACUUCAGGCAUAUUUACGAUGAAUGCUUUCUCGCAGAAAGUACGAGUCUUCGAUGCGUUUCCAAAGGUCAACCCAGAGCAUAUGGUUCGGUCGCAGCGUGGUGGGCUUUCGACAAUACUUACGGUCUUGUUCAUGUUAAUGAUCCUAUAUGUCCAAAUAGGUGGAUACUUGGGUGGAUACAUUGACAGGCGCUUUUCUGUCGAUAAAGAUAUCAGACUGUCGUUGAACAUCAAUGUGGACAUGGUGGUUGCAAUGCCUUGCCAAUAUCUUGUGACAAAUGUCAUGGACAUCACCAGCGACAACUAUUUGGCCGGAGAAGUUUUGAAUUUUCAAGGCACUGGUUUUUACAUCCCUGAAAUAUUUCGCUUGAACAGCAAUAAUGAAGCUCAUGAUACGCCCGAGCUAGACGAGAUCUUAUCGGAAACUUUAAGAGCUGAGUAUAGCGUGAAAGGCGCUAGAGUCAAUGAAGAUGCCCCAGCUUGCCACAUAUUUGGAACAAUACCCGUAAAUCAGGUUAAAGGUGAAUUCUACAUUAUCAGUAAGGGACUGGCCAUGUAUGAUGGACUGGUGGUGAGUCCAGCGGCAUACAACUUCUCCCAUGCGAUUUACGAGUUUUCUUAUGGAGAGUUUUUCCCAUUCAUUAACAAUCCUCUAGAUUUCACAGCUAAAACAACAGAAGAAACCCAACAGCAAUACAAAUACUUUGCUAAAGUUGUUCCGACUCAGUACGAGAAAUUGGGUUUGAUCGUCGAUACCAACCAGUAUUCUCUUACUGAAAUUCAUCAUGUCACAGACGAGAGCGAUCUUCGCCCGGCCGGAAUUUACUUCUCAUAUUCCUUCGAAUCCAUUAAGCUCUACAUUAUAGAACAGAGAAUUGGAUUUUUCGUGUUUGUUGCAAAAUUGGCUACUAUUUUAUCUGGCUUACUUAUUGCCGGUGGAUACUUGUUCAGAUUGUAUGAAAAGCUACUAGUUCUUCUAUUUGGGCGCAAGUAUGUCGAGAGAGAUACCGAAAAAAAAGAUGGUGGACUUUUAGACAAGACAACGAAUCACCACUCAAAAGAUUUUUAG